UUAGAUAGCCUUUGUUAUCGUAAUUCAUUCACAUUUUCACAUCACACCAAUGGCUUCAUCUCUUCACCAAAACUCCACUUUCCUUAAACCUCAUCAUUGUUCUCAAUCCCCAAAACCCUCAACUUCAACCACCACACGCCGGAGCUACAUUCCGGUACGGUGUGGAGGACCGCGUUCCCAGCGUGGACCACUAGUAAGAGGCCGAUUCUUAAGCAUCGAAGCAAUCCAAGCCAUUCAAACCCUAAAACGCAUCCACCGAACCAAACCACAAGACCAAACCAAACUCCUAACCAAAACACUCACUCGUUUAAUCAAAUCAGAUCUAGUCGCUACUCUAAAGGAGCUUCUACGUCAACAACAAUGCACCCUCGCACUCGAUGUGUUUUCAGCCGUUAGAUCUGAAUAUGGAGCAGAUCUUUCUCUUUAUGCUGAGAUGGUGCAGGCACUUGGAAUUUGUGGUAUGGUAGAAGAUGUGGACCGUUUGAUUGAAGAGAUUGUUGGUGAGGGUGGGAUUGGGAUUGGGUGUGGUGAUGAUCAGGGGAAGGGGCUUUUGAAUUUGAUUAAGGCGGUUAUUGGAGCGAAGAGGAGAGAAUCAACGGUUAGGAUUUAUGAGAUGAUGAAAGAGAAUGGGUGGGGGGAGAGUGUUGAACCUGAUGAGUAUGUUGUUAAGGUUUUGAGUAAUGGGUUUAAGGGUUUUGGUGAUGAGGAACUUGCUCAACAGAUUUUGAAUGAUUAUGAUAGGUUUUGUAAGACUAAAUUUGAUACUUUUAGGGUUUAGAUUCAUUUUUGUAGUUAUGAUGAUAAUUUGUUUUGUUUUUGUUUAUGUUGCCAUUAUUCUAGAUAGUGUCUUUGUAAUGUAGAAAAAUAUAUCAACAAAACUUUAUAUGUAAAAUUUAUUUUAUCAAGCUCAUAUAUUAGGAGUGACAUAUGUUACACUAACCAUUUAAAAUUAGUGAAAUUCAUUUGAAUUUUAUGUAACCAACACAGGAGAGAGUAUGCUAGGAAUUGUGUUUUAGUCUA